CCAUUAAACGAUACGGGUCAACCAGAGACUCCUGUCCAAGAUCAACAUUUCAGUCACGAGGCACAGAACAAGGAAAUGAAAGAGCGAGUUGAUGUUGCCCGAACCAGUACGGAUAAGAGAGCUUCACUCGAUGAUACUCUUAAAGAAUACAAGGCCAAAUAUCCCGACCAAGCUGAGGAUCUAGAAACAAUGCUUGAAAGACUACAAGCGCUCAAAAACUUUGUUGAUAAAGAUUUAAAUGACCCUGAAGACUAUGCCAAGUUGGGUAAACAAACGAUCGCGGGUUUAGUUGAAACAAACUUCCGCAGAUCUGAAUCCGCUGGGACUCAAGAGGAAAAACAGUUUAUCACACUUAUCGAAUUCGCCAUUGAUGUCGGUGGCGCUGAACAGUUUAAACUUUUCGUACAGCAUUGCUUUAAGAAAUUCAGCUACCUCAUUAAAGAAGAGUCCGACGAUGAAGAGUCCGACGAUGAAGGAGAAACUGAAGACUACACAUGUUACGAUUGUCUUUCUGAAACUCUAGGGGUAAUAGUGGGCUUCUCAGACUUUCACCAAGGUUUUUGCUCAGCGUGUGCGGAUGCAGGUGUCAUUUCAAUGUGUUUUGAAAACAUCAAACGAAUUGAUGCUGAAAACCCCAACUGGGAAGAAAAAUAUAAAGUCACCGAGCUAAUUUUAAACUCUAUUGGAAUUUUGCAUAACAUUUUAUGGCGACUAAGGGACCGUGAGCUGUUUGCUAACCGUGAGCUGUUUGCUAACCGUGAGCAAACGUUGCUUCACUUUGCUAAGACAAAAGUUCGGACAAUUGCAGCUUUAUCUCUGCUUACUCUAGCAUAUGUAGUUGAUGAAAACACGAAUCAUCUCAUUUCGGCGGACAAGAACUUGCUUAGAUUUAUAAUAAUAUUAUUAGAUGAGGCAUGGCAGUCGGAAGAUCGACAUUCGAAUGGAUUUUCUGCAAAGGAACUAGCAGAGGGCCUUAGCCACUUGGCCGUCAACGACGACAACAAGAAAAUUUUGGGACAAAUCGGAGUCAUUCCUGUUUUAAUUCAAGUGAUCAAAACGUCCAACGAGGAUGAGGAGAAAGCCAGUGCUACAAGAGCGUUGUGGAUGGUAGCUUUUAAUGACAAUAACAGAAAAAGAAUACGUCAAGAAGAAGGGGCUAUGGACAUCUUACACGAGUUACAGCACAGCGAGAACCCAGAAGUGCAGAAGGCUGCUGCAGGUGCAUUGUGGGAACUCGAAGGAAAGACAGCUAGGCACUCGGAAAGGAUGAAAUCGAGCGGGAAUCACGUAAUGAUCAGCUACCAAUGGGAUUCCCAGGAAGUGCUCGUCGAAGUGAAAAACAGGCUUCAGGCAAGUGGAUACAGAGUAUGGAUGGAUCUGGAGCAGAUGAAAGGAUCGACCUUGGAGGCAAUGGCUGAAGCUGUUGAGAAUGCUUCUGCUGUUCUUGUCUGUGUCUCGCGACGAUACAAGGAAAGUCAAAACUGUCGUUCAGAGGCGACGUACGCUUAUGACUUGAAGAAAGAUAUCAUUCCUUUGAUGAUGGAACGUAAUUACAAAGGAGACGGUUGGCUGGGCAUUAUCGUGACAGGAAAGAUGUGGUUUGACUUUCAGAGUAAACACGCAUUAGAACAAAGUGUAACGAAAGUGAUCAAAGAACUUGGAGGAAGAGGAAAGGUUGUUGACGUGACAGAUGGACCAUCCGAGCCAGUGGUGCAAGCAGUUCAAUCUGACAUUGUUGCCACUUCACCCUCAUCCCCUGGGGUGUCUACCUGGACUAACAAAGAGGUCAAACAGUGGUUCAAAGAAAUCGGGUUAGAGAAGGUUUGCAAGGAAGACAUUUCGGAGGUAAAUGGACAGACGUUGAUUGACCUUCAACAAGUACGCAGUGAAUGCCCAGAGUAUUUCUACAGAUGUUUAGAAAAGAACUUGAACUUGUCGAACAUGGUCGAUGUAUUCACAUUCAGAAAAGAACUGGGCAAGCUGUUGGGAUACUAAACGGGAUGAGUGUUAAACGCCCAAUUUACCGAUACGUGCAAGGUAACGAUAGAACCCGUUUAUAUUUAAGACUCGUUUCAAGGCAUUUAUAGCUAAUGGUCUGAACGUCUUCGUUUUGACAGGUAUAUGAUUUUAUUAGAGAUUGCGGGUAAAGCUUUUUUAUCCUGUAAUCUUUUUUUUUUUGUCAAAUUUGCUCAAGUGUGUUCUUUUUAAAAUAUUACUACUAUCCCUUUUCAUUUUGAACCAUAAAGAAAAGUGGAAAAAAAUUUAUUAAUAACAAAUAUAUCAUUGAAUACAUCAUUUGGACUGGGACAAGCUUAAGUUAUACAGCAAAAAUAUAUUGUAUGAUAAUUGCCUGACAAGUUUCCUUUCUUUUUUAACCUUUCUUUUUUUUUAAUCAAAGUAGGUUGAUUACCCAUACAUCACCGUAAAGAUUUUCAUUUAUUAAAGCUAGUGUAUAAAGCCCUACACUGUGAGGGCAUGCCUUCAUAUAGACGGUUAGAGGAAUAUAAACCCACAAGAUCCCAUCCUCAAUAAGAAACUGCAAAGUCUUAACGGAAUACCGUAAAAUUCCGACAGAAAGCCCCUCCAUGUAUGUAUAAGCCCCUUAAACUCCUAACGCAAAAAACCCUCCGUUAAAUCGCAUCUCCAAAUAUAAGCCCCCCUCCCUGACGGUGACAAUCCUUUGUUUCUGUUCACAAAUUGAUGUGACGUUUUUAUUGGUCAAUAAGAUCAAAAUGAUAGAAAUGCUAUUGAACGUUGUGCACCUUCAAAUCCACAAAAACUUAUAACAAGGAAGACUCACGGGUUUUGUAGUGUUUAGACAUUUCGUUACUAUUAUAUAGAGUUAUCGGCGCGCAAAGAAUCAUGGUACUGUAACAUAGCCUGCUCGCUGGUGUAGAUUAAAGAAACCUGUUGAGUUUAUCUGCACUUAUCUGGGUAUUAACAGACCAUCAUUACAGGUUUCACGACCAUUUCACUCUAUCAACUUUGUCAACUCUAUCAUCAUCGCCUCCACCACCACCACCACUACCAUGAUCAUCAUCAUCAUCAUCAUCAUCAUCAUCAUCAUCAGUAGUUAAUUUAAACACGAUGAAAAUGAAAGCAAAAGCUUAUGGGGUCGUUUAAUGUACAUGAUAAAAGUCAAAAUUAUGAAUAGUAUACAAUUUAAGAAAAAUAUUGUAGCAGCGACUCUAAAGUUCCAGACCGAACUCCACAAAACAAGUUGGGACUGUACAAUGAAAGCUGAGGAAGUCAGUUCUAAGGUCGAGCCAUCCGACCACCAGUAUGAUUAAGGACUGUGUUACGAAUAAAGCAACUGACAUUUGUACAUCUCUGUGUUAAUAGCGACUUACAAAUGUGCGUAUUAUCCCACAGCUUUCCUUAUUAACCCAAUUUUUAGAAUAAACGUUACAGACAUCAUCUUUCUUGCUCCCUUUGUCUCGUGUUCACCUUGUAAACUUUGAUUAGAAACUUUACAAGUCCAGCUUGCGAUAUAUUAACUUUUAGAUCUUAUAGAUGACAACUGCAGUCCCUGUAUGAUUUAACUAUUAUCGGACGAGGUUGACCGUCAUCUAAAGAAUUAUGGAGAUCGAGGAGGGUGUUAUCAGCCGAGGCCGAUUUAGCUGAGAUCUCUGAGAUCUCCAUAAUUCUUGAGAUAAUACGAAAGGCGAAUCCAAUGAUUGUUUUAAUAUUCAUUCAAAAUAAUUCCUAGUUAAAAAAACAAGCUAAAUCAUGCUUACCUCUAUCGAUGAAGUUCAUCUUCAAUUGCCUGUUUAUCGGCAAUUUUAGGAGAUAAACUGUUGUUCAGUACUGCAAAAUAAUAUUAGUUUUAAAUUUUAGAGAAUUUUAGCAUUUUCAGUGUCCCCAAUUAGCAAAUUAUUCAAGUUUAAAACGUUGACGAAAACUCACAAGAGAAAACCAUUUCAGCAAAAUUUCUAGGAAACUCAGUUUUACAAAUAACUAUUGAAUGAAUUAUGCGAUAAUGGGUCUCCGCGCUCCACGGAUGGAUAGUGAUGCACACCUAAUUUGAAUAGCUUUGUCUUAGAAAAAUAGUUAAAGGAAAGAUAGAGUCUUAAAGAAGGAAGAAAAAACAAAUAGGGAAUUAAUUAGGCCUGCUUAUACAGCUAAAUCAAAACAGGUUGCUUUGGUAAAUGGUCAUUCGGGCAUAAGGAACGGUGCAAUGAUUUACUUGAGUGAACACCAAAUAAUAGCUUCCCAAAAGCCCAUUGAAUCAGCUCCUAACAGAUGUAGGCAACCUUUUCGGGAUUGAAUCAUUUGAGAUCUAUAAACCUUGCCUGCCUCUCCCUAGACAGAUGUACAAAAUGAUAUAAUUACAUUCAUUUUACCCUAAAAAAGGCUGCAAAAGAAAAGGUAAGUUUUGAUCUUUUCAGCUAGGGCAGAUGAAAAGUUUUUAGGGGAUAAAAAUACCUAUAUCUACCGUUUAAAUACUAAAAUGUAUGUUAAGUGGUUUUGUUUAAUAGUAAAGAGUCUUUGGGGCGUAAUAAAUUCUUAUUUAAUAGUAAGUUUUUAAAUUUUCAUUUUUUUUAUAUUUUUCAUUUUUCUUUUAGCAUUUUUCUAUGACAACGUUAUUGUAAUUGACGUCAACGCGACCCCGUCAGGUAACGCGAUUUUUGCAUGGCAACGAGUGGUUCGUAAGGGUGUAAAUAAAUCGAUAAUGUGUCAAGAUGCAUUAACAAUCCACCACGAUUUCCGCUAAUUUCUCGAAACCUCGGUACAGCAGACAUGAAUAGGUCGUACGUAGCACUGGCAUGUGUCAGAUGGAUAGUUAAACCGAAAUCUAGCGCUGAAAUGCUGGCAAAAAGAACAUAGUUUUUCACUUACAAUAUUGUCUUGAUUUGCUUGACCGCAGCUACCGAUUUACAUUGUUUAGGUCGACAUAUCUUAAAAACCUCGUAUCACUAUGGGUGCCGGAGCAUCGAAAAACCACCACUCUAAAGGAAUACCGUCACCGCCACGCGAGAGCCUUUCGCCAGUAAAGGAUACGGUUCAACCAAAGAUUCCUGUCCAAGAUCAACAUUUCAGUCACAAAGCACAGAACAAGGACAUAAAAGAGCAGGUUGAUGUUGCUCGGACAAGUCAGACCAUUGCUGAUAAGAAAGCUUCACCCAACGAUACUCUUGAAACGUACAUAGUCAAACAUCCAGACCAAGCUGAGGAUCUAGAAACAAUGCUUGAAAGACUACAAGCUCUCAAAAACUUUGUUGCUAAAAAUUUAAAUGACCCUGAAGACUAUGCCACGUUGGGUAAACAGACGAUCGAGGGUUUAUUUGAAACAAGUGUCCACACUUUCGAAUCCGCUGGGACUCAAGAGGAAAAAGAGUUCAUCACACUUAUCGAAUUCACCAUUGAUGUCGGUGGUGCUGAACAAUUGAAACGUUUCGUACAGCAUUGCUUUAAGAAGUUCAGCUACCUCAUUAAUGAAGAGUCCGACGAUGAAGAAGAAACUGACGACUACACAUGUUACAAUUGUCUUUCCAUCUCUCUAGCGGCAAUACAAAACUUCUCAGACUUUCAUCAAGGUUUUUGCUCAGCGUGUGCGGGUGCAGGUAUCAUUUCAAUGUGCUUUGAAAUCGUCAAACAAAUUGAUGCUGAAAAUUCCAACUGGGAAGAGGAAGAUGAAGACUCGGAGCUAGUUACAAUAAUUGACAACUCUAUUGGAAUUCUGCAUAACAUUUCACGGCGACUGAGGGACCGUGAGCUGUUUGCUAACCGUGAGCAAACGUUGCUUUACUUUGCUAAGAAAAAAGUUCCAGCAGUUGCAGCUGAAUCUCUGCUUACUCUAGCAUAUUUAGUUGAUGAAAACACGAAUCAUCUCAUUUUGGCGGACGAGAACUUGCUUAGCUUCAUAAUAACAUUAUUAGAUGAGGCAUGGCAGUCAGAAGAUCGACAUUCGAAUGGAUAUUCCGCAAAGGAACUCGCAGAAGGCCUUAGCCACCUGGCUAUCAACGACGCCAAUAAGAAUAUUUUGGGACAAAACGGGGUCAUUCCUGUUUUGAUUUCAGUGAUCAAAACGUCGAACGAGGAUGAGGAGAAAGCCAGUGCUACAAGAGCGUUGUGGAUGUUAGCCUUUGAUAACAAUAACAAAGAAAAAGUACGACAAGAAGAAGGGGCUAUGGACAUCUUACACCAGUUACAGCAGAGCAAGAACUCAGAAGUGCAGAAGGCUGCUGCAGGUGCAUUGUGGGAACUGGAAGGGAAGACAGCUAGGCAAUCCUCAGAGAAGAUAGAAUCGACCGGGAAUCACGUGAUGAUCAGCUACCAAUGGGAUUCCCAGGAAGUGCUCGUCGAAGUGAAAAACAGGCUUCAAGCAAGUGGAUACAGAGUAUGGAUGGAUCUGGAGCAGAUGGGAGGAUCGACCUUGGAGGCAAUGGCUAAAGCUGUGGAGGAUUCUUCUGUCGUCCUUAUCUGCGUAUCAGAACGAUACAAGGAGAGCCCAAACUGUCGUUCAGAAGCGGAGUACGCGUAUCAGUUAAGAAAAGAUAUCAUUCCGCUGAUGAUGCAACGCAAAUACCGAGGAGACGGUUGGCUGGGAAUGCUCGUGGGAACAAAGUUGUGGUUUGACUUUCAGAAUAAACUCGUAUUAGAACAAGGUGUAACGAAACUAAUUAGAGAGCUAGGGGGAAGAGGAAAGGAGUUGGACGUGACAGAUGGACCAUCCGAACCAGCAGUUCGAGCAGUUCAAGCAGAUCUUCUUGCCCCACCCUCAUCCCCUGGGGUGUCUACCUGGACUAACAAAGAUGUGAAGCAGUGGUUCAAAGAAAUCGGAUUGGAAAAGGUAUGCAAAGAAGACAUUUCAGAGAUGAAUGGACAGACGCUGAUAGAUCUUCAAGAGCUCCGUGGAGAAUGUCCUGAUUACUUCUAUAGAUGCAUCGAGCGCACUCUCAAACUGACAGACAUGUUUGACUUGCUAAAGUUUAGGAAGGAGCUCAGCAAACUAGUAUGA